AUGGAGAGCCUUUACCAUCAGCAACCAAUCUAUCUCUUUUCUUCAAUAGCUAAUUUCCAGACUUUCAUCCCAGACCAUCUGCAACCAAUUUGCCUCUUUUCUUCAACAGCUAAUUUCCAGACUUUCCUUCUAAUUUGCCUCUUUUCUUCAAUAGCUAAUUUCCAGAAAUUCCUCCCAGACCAUCUGCAACCAAUUUGCCUCUUUUCUUCAACAGCUAAUUUCCAGACUUUCAUCCCAGACCAUCUGCAACCAAUUUGCCUCUUUUCUUCAACAGCUAAUUUCCAGACUUUCCUUCUAAUUUGCCUCUUUUCUUCAAUAGCUAAUUUCCAGAAAUUCCUCCCAGACCAUCUGCAACCAAUUUGCCUCUUUUCUUCAACAGCUAAUUUCCAGACUUUCAUCCCAGACCAUCUGCAACCAAUUUGCCUCUUUUCUUCAACAGCUAAUUUCCAGACUUUCCUUCUAAUUUGCCUCUUUUCUUCAAUAGCUAAUAUCCAGAAAUUCCUCCCAGACCAUCUGCAACCAAUUUGCCUCUUUUCUUCAAUAGCUAAUAUCCAGAAAUUCCUCCCAGACCAUCUGCAACCAAUUUGCCUCUUUUCUUCAACAGCUAAUUUCCAGAUUUUCCUUCCAAUUUGCCUCUUUUCUUCAAUAGCUAAUAUCCAGAAAUUCCUCCCAGACCUUCUGCAACCAAUUUGCCUCUUUUCUUCAAUAGCUAAUUUCCAGAAAUUCCUCCCAGACCAUCUGCAACCAAUUUGCCUCUUUUCUUCAAUAGCUAAUUUCCAGAAAUUCCUCCCAGACCAUCUGCAACCAAUUUGCAUCUUUUCUUCAACAGCUAAUUUCCAGAUUUUCCUUCCAAUUUGCCGCUUUUCUUCAAUAGCUAAUAUCCAGAAAUUCCUCCCAGACCAUCUGCAACCAAUUUGCCUCUUUUCUUCAAUAGCUAAUAUCCAGAAAUUCCUCCCAGACCAUCUGCAACCAAUUUGCCUCUUUUCUUCAACAGUAAAUUUCCAGACUUUCAUCCCAGACCAUCUGCAACCAAUUUGCCUCUUUUCUUCAACAGCUAAUUUCCAGACUUUCCUUCCAAUUUGCCUCUUUUCUUCAAUAGCUAAUUUCCAGAAAUUCCUUCCAGACCAUCUGCAACCAAUUUGCCUCUUUUCUUCAAUAGCUAAUUUCCAAAUUUUCUUCCCAGAUCAUCCUCAACUUAACCUUUUGUUGAUAUCUAUCUAUCUAUCCUCCUGUCUAUAUCUAUCUAUCCACCUGUCUAUGUCAGUCUGUUGUUAUCUAUCUAUCUAUCUAUCUAUCUCUUUUCCCUCCACUUCAUUCUUAUUUAUCUAUCUAUCUAUCUCAGUCUGUUCAUUAUCUAUCUAUCUAUCUCUCUAUCUAUCUCAGUCUGUUCAUAUGUAUGUAUCUAUCUAUCUAUCUAAGUCUGUUCAUAUCUAUCUCUCUAUCUCAGCCUUCUGUUCAUAUCUAUCUAUCUAUCUAUCUCAGUCAGUACAUAUCUAUCUAUCUCAGUCAGUACGUAUCUAUCUAUCUAUCUAUCUAUCUAUCUAUCUAUCUAUCUAUCUAUCUAUCUAUCUAUCCCUGUCUUUUCUUUCUUUUUCCUUGCUAUCUUUCUUUCUUUUUCCGUCUUCUUUCUUUCUUUCCCCUUGUCAUCUUUCUUUUCUGUCAUUUUCCUCCCUUCCUUCCUUUGUCAUAUUUCUUUCUUUUUCCUUGUUAACUUUCUGUCUUUUACCUUGUCAUCUUUUACCUUGUCAUCUUUCUUUCUUUCUUUCUUUCUCUUUCUUUCGUUCUCCCCUUGUCAUUCUUCUUUCUUCUUCCUUUCUUUCUUUCUUUCUCCCCUUGUCAUCUUUCUUUCUUUCUUUCUCCCCUUGUCAUUUUUCUUUCUUCUUCCUUUCUUUCUUUCUCCCCUUGUCAUUUUUCUUUCUUCUUCCUUUCUUUCUUUCUCCCCUUGUCGUCUUUCUUUCUUUGUCUUUGUCAUCGUCUUUUUUCCUUUUGCCCUUGUCCUUUCUUUCUUUUUCCUUGCUAUCUUUCUUUCUUUUUCCAUCUUCCUUCCCCCUUGUUUUUCUUUUGUUUUUUUGUUUUCAACUUUUCUUUCUUUCCUCUUUUGUCAUCUUUCUUUCUUUUCAUUCUUUCUUUGUCCUUUAA